AAGAGAAGAAAGCAAGUUUCAAUCACGGGGCAAGAGCAAAAGAAGGAGACGAUGGAGCAAGUUUCAGAGAAGCAACAAUCAGAAUCGCAGAAGAACGAGGAAUUGAAAAAAGAGGCAGACCGGGCUGCUGUACUCAGGGAGCGAUCGGAAAAUCUGUUUAAGUAUGCCAUGACAAACGAGUGGCAGAAAGUGGCGACGGCCUACGAGAAAGAGCCUGAGAGCCGUAAGGCCAAGAUUACAGAAGCUGAAGACACUGUUUUGCACUUAGCAGUCUCAGCCGGAAAGCUAGAAUUCGUGCGUAAAUUGGUGGAAAUCCUGGGAGCAAAUGUUUCCAAUGUUUUGAAAGCAAAGAAUGAGAGAGGGAAUACACCACUUCACAUAGCAGCAGCACUGGGAAACGCACACAUGUGCCGUUGCAUGGCCUCAAAAGAUUCUAGUCUCAUUGCUGAAAACAACAAAAAGAAUGAGACCCCUUUUUUCUUGGCAGCUAAGUAUGGCCAUAAAGAUGCUUUCUUUUGCCUCUAUUUUUGUUACCCCGAAGGAAAACGUGGGGAUAUAUGCAGCAGAGAUGCAAAGGGUAAUACCAGUCUGCAUGCUGCCAUUGGUGGAGAACACUUUGAUUUAGCAUUUCAAAUCAUAUGCACAUAUCCAGAGCUUGCGAACGCGUUCAAUGUAAAUGGUUUAUCUCCUCUCCAUGUUCUAGCCACGAAGACUAAUGCAUUUAAGAGUGGUAGUCGUCUUGGACUGUUUGAUUCGAUCCUCUACAGCUGUAUCGUAGUGGAUAGAAUGAAGGAGAAAGAAUACGACAGUAACGAUUACCAGAAAAAGUUCAAAGAAAAUGAUCGUGAUCGCUUUCCACCAACCUACGAAACCUGCGCGCGCUUCUUCAGAAUGUUUCUGGAUGUGGUUUGUUUUGGCAUGCCAAUAAAGGUUAGACCUAAUAACCGAAGAAAACCAGGUUUUGUAGAAAUAUGUUCUUCUACAAGUACAAGUAGCUUGCUUUCAUGCAUUAAUCACAAGAAGGAGAAGAAGGGCAACAGCAAUACUGACGAAGAGAAUCCUCAAGGGACAAGCAAAGUAACUGAUCAAGGUACAAGCCCAAAGGCGAAGGCAGAGCAUAGAGCAGACUAUGUUCCAGAGAAUUAUACCACAUUUAUUCAGUUUUUCAAGUUUGUGAUGAAAUUCGUGAUGGUUGUUCUGGGACUUGGCUUUCAAAGGAUAAAGAAGAUAACAACAAAGAAGCAGAGACACACAUGGGCUUCUCAGGUCAUGGAUAAGUUGAUUGAGAAUGCUUCUACAUAUAAGUAUUCUGGUUCUGGAGGACAGACAGGCACUGGCAUUGGCGGAAUGACUGAAGAAUUUCCAUAUAACCCAAGCCUAAUGAGUGCAUCCAGUCAGGAUACAAAUACAGGCAAUGAUUCCAAAGUUGAAAUCUUAGACAAACAAGGAGAACGUCAUAACGAAACAGGUUCCUCAAAAAAGGAAGGGAAGGAUGCACUAGUGGAGAAAUUUCUUGGAGAAUACCGUAUUACAGGAACUGUGGAUUCAAAGACUUCAAAGCACGCCGUGGAGAUGAAAUUUGAAAAAAAAGUUGCAGUAGAACCUACAAAACAGAAGAGACCUAUUCUAAUAGCAGCAAGUAAUGGCAUAACCGAAAUGGUGGAAAGAAUUUUAGAUAAAUUUCCAGUUGCUAUCCUGGACGUAGAUGCUGAAAACAAAAAUAUCAUGCUCUUAGCCGUAGAGAACAGACAAACUCAUACUUUCCAAUUUCUUGUGGAAACGAAGAAAGAUUUACAUGAAAGUGUCUUUCGAAAAUGGGACAGCCAAGGAAACAAUGCAUUGCAUCUUGCUGCAACCUAUGGAAAUUAUCGACCAUGGCUGAUUCCAGGAUCCGCAUUGCAGAUGCAAUGGGAAAUCAAAUGGUACAAGUUUGUCAAGAAAUCCCUGGCAAAACAUCUUCUUGGUCAUUACAACAAUAAGGGUCAAACUCCAAAGCAAAUCUUUACAGAAACACACAAAACCCUUGUGAAAGAUGGCAGUGAAUGGCUCACCAAAACCUCUGAAUCAUGCUCUCUUAUUGCUGCACUCAUUGCAACAGUAGCAUUUGCCACAGCAGCAAACAUUCCGGGUGGUGUCAGUCAUGGUAAACCAGUUCUAAGAGAUGAGCCUGCAUUUGAUGUCUUUGCCAUCUCAUCUCUUGUAGCUCUAUGCUUCUCUGUUACAGCCUUGGUCUUUUUCCUGGCAAUUCUCACCUCUCGAUUCGAAGAGAAGGAUUUUUAUAGUAAACUGCCAAGGAAACUUAUAUGGGGUUUAACAUCACUAUUUACAUCUAUAGCUGCUAUGCUGGUCUCCUUUUGUGCAGGGCAUUUCUUUGAACUGAGAGAUGAGUUAAAGUUUGCGGCAUUGCCCAUAUACACAGCAACAUGCUUGCCUAUUUCCUUGUUUGCUCUUGCACAACUAUCGCUCUACUUCGAUCUUUUAUGGGCUAUCUGCCAAAAAGUGCCACAACGCAGCUAUAGGGAAUCUGCUUCGUAAUCGUCUACUGGCCUUCUAUGCUGUAUAAUAUCUGCCAUGGUGUUCAAGUAAUUAUAUUUUGUACGAUACAUAGGAUUGGUUGUGUGUGAAUGUGGUUGCUAUUGUGUUUUCCAACGAUCGAUGUGCCUCAGACAUCAGUGUUAUUAUCCCUUUUCUAUUUUACAAAAAGGUGAAUUAUUAUAUUGAUUAAGCGAGUAAUUACUAUGAAAAUGUAAUAAUUAUUAAAACAUAAU